CUUCAUCCUCUCUUCUCUUAAUUACUUUCAUCUCCCUUUUGCAUGCCCCCAUAAGAGAAAUGGAUCUGAUCAACAGUCUGCUCAACUUUGUUGUGCCACCAGCAAGCCUUCUCAUGCUGGCCUUUACUUGGCCCACUCUCUUCUUCAUCACCACCUGUGAAUGGCUUUACAACACUUACCUUAACAGUGAAAACAUGGAGAACAAAGUGGUUCUCAUCACUGGUGCUUCUUCUGGGAUUGGUGAGCAAAUUGCUUAUCAAUAUGCGAAGAGAGGGGCCAAUCUUGUACUGGUUGCACGAAGAGAGCACAGGUUACGAGGAAUAAGUGAGAAUGCAAGAAGGUUGGGGGCGCCAAAUGUGUUGAUAAUGGCUGCUGAUGUUGUCAAGGAGGAAGAAUGCAGGAGAUUUAUCAACGAAACAAUCAACUAUUACGGACGUGUGGAUCAUCUAGUCAACACUGUCAGUCUUGGACAUACUUUCUACUUCGAGGAAGCUUCAGACUCGAGUGUGUUUCCCAUUUUAAUGGAUAUAAACUUUUGGGGCAAUGUAUAUCCAACCUAUGUGGCGCUGCCUUAUCUUCGGGAGAGUAAUGGCCGUAUAAUAGUGAAUGCCUCAGUUGAAAAUUGGUUGCCUCUGCCAAGGAUGAGCUUGUACUCUGCUGCGAAAUCAGCACUCAUAAACUUUUAUGAAACGCUGAGAUUUGAAGUGAAGAAUGAAGUCGGGAUAACGGUUGCAACACAUGGUUGGAUCGGUACUGAAAUGACCAGGGGUAAGUUCAUGGUGGAGGAAGGCGCAGAAAUGCAGUGGAAGGAAGAAAGGGAAGUACAUGUAACUGGCGGGCCAGUGGAAGAGUUUGCCAAGCAAAUUGUUUCAGGAGCUUGCAGGGGAGAUCCAUACGUGAAAUAUCCAAGCUGGUACGACAUAUUCUUCCUGUACAGGGUUUUCGCUCCCAAAGUCCUGGACUGGACAUUCCGCUUUCUUUUGACAAAUGGUGGUGCCAGAAGAACUUCUUUCAUCGGCACGGGGAGGCCACUUCUUGAGACUUCCUCUCCUAGGAGGAGUGCGGUUAUGGAGGGUUCCUCCCCUAGGAGACUUCCUCCAGGCCCUCUGACCUUUUCCCCAGCCUUUCAGCAGCAGAAAAGCGAGUGAAUGACUUCCCCACCAAGCACAUCAUCAAACUUCUAUUCCGUGUUUGUUUUUGCUUUUGUAUUUGUGUAACUGUUUAACAGAGUUCUUAGAGGGACACAUGCGAUGUGGAGAUUUUUUUUCACUGAGUUGAAUAAGAAGCAAUAGUUUGCUUCCUCACUUGUGAUUUUCCAUUGCAUUCUGAGCAAAUUAUUCAACAGUUUGCUUCCUCAUUUGUGAUUUUCCAUUGCAUUCUGAGUAUGCAAAAUUAUGAUUUUCCACUGCA